AUUCACCACUACCAAACCUCCUUUAUAUUCUCUCUCACUCUAAAAAGAAAAAAGCAAACUAAAAUCCUCUCCGUUUAAUCCAACUCCACCGCCACCAAUGCCAGUCCAAGACCUCCCACCACCGUCUCCAUCUCCCCCACCGCCGUCAAACGCCGCCGAAACCGACGACGAAACGUGGGUAUGGACCCAAAUCAAAGCAGAAGCCCGCCGUGACGCCGAAUCCGAACCAGCACUCGCAAGCUACCUCUACUCAACAAUCGUCUCUCACUCCUCUCUCUCCCGAUCUCUCUCCUUCCACCUCGGCAACAAGCUCUGCUCCUCCACCCUCCUCUACGACCUCUUCCUCAACACCUUCUCCUCCGACUCCUCCCUCCGCUCCGCCACCGUCGCCGACCUCCGCGCCGCCCGGAUCCGCGACCCGGCCUGCCUCUCCUUCUCCCACUGCCUCCUCAACUACAAAGGCUUCCUCGCCCUUCAAGCCCACCGGGUCGCCCACAAGUUAUGGAUCCAGAACCGAAAACCCAUUUCCCUCGCGCUCCAUUCCCGGGUCUCCGAUGUCUUCUCUGUCGAUAUUCACCCGGCGGCGAGGAUCGGGAAGGGGGUUUUGUUGGAUCAUGCGACGGGGGUGGUGAUCGGAGAGACGGCGGUGGUGGGGAACAAUGUGUCGAUUCUUCACCAUGUGACAUUAGGGGGGACUGGGAAGGUGGGUGGGGACAGACAUCCGAAGAUUGGAGACGGGGUUUUGAUUGGGGCUGGAGCGACGAUUUUGGGGAACGUGAAGAUUGGGGAGGGGGUAAAGAUAGGGGCGGGGUCGGUGGUGUUGAUAGAUGUGCCGCCGUGGACGACGGCGGUGGGGAAUCCGGCGAGGUUGGUGGGUGGGAAGGAACAGCCGAAGGUUCAUGAUGAUGUGCCUGGGGAGUCUAUGGAUCAUACUUCGUUUAUGGCUCACUGGUCUGAUUAUGUUAUUUGAUGAUGAUGAUGAUGAUGAUGUUGUUGGUGGUGGUGGUGAAUUGUGGAUUUGGAUUUGGAUUUUGGUUUUGGUUGUAUUGGAUUAGACCCUUUCGUUUUUUUUUAUUUUUUGCCCUUUUUGGUUGGAGUGUGGACUUUUAUUUUUAGGGUAGGUAGAGUGUGGACGUUGAGUUUGAUAGUUGAGCCUAUUCUGGAAAUUUUAUUUUUUUAUUAGCAUAUUAUGAAAUAAUGUAUAAAAAAAAUAAAGAAAUAAAAUGUAGCUUAAAUAAAUAAAUAAAAUUUUAUUUUUGUUUUUAA